CACAUGGACCAGAGUGCGCGCGCACGUUCCCGUUCAGGACUGCAGAUUCCACCUUAAAAACCUCCUCCCGAGUUAAAACUUUUCGCCGCCACCCCGUCGGUCCACCUUAAGCGCACACGCAAAACGCAAGAGGCGUACAGCGAGGUUUCCGCUUCUCGCUUGUACUCGGACCGCGGCUCACGAAAAAAAAAAACACACCGUGUGCGAGGUUGACGCACUGAGGUAAGAAAAAAAAAGAAGAAAACCACAACGGGCGAGAACGAUGUCUGAAUCCGAGUACCGCGAGUGGAUCCUGGACACCAUCGACUCGCUGCGGUCGCGAAAAGCUCGGCCGGACUUGGAGAGGAUUUGCCGAAUGGUCCGGAGGCGACACGGGUCCGAGCCCGACCGAACCUGCGCAGAACUGGAUAAACUGAUCCGGGAACAAACCGUGUUAAAAGUUAAUUACAAGGGCUCUAUUUCAUACCGAAACGCGGCCAAGGUGCAGCGGAGGAGCAGAAAAAAAGACGAUGUGACGCUAACGACGGCCGCAAGAAGGAGCGCGGUGGAAGAAGCGAGUCACUCGGACCUGAGCAACGGGGACAGCGCGUUCGGUCCCGUGGACCAGGACGAGGAGGACCUGGAGGCCGACACCUCGAUGGUAAUUGACACAGACAGUAACGCGGACGAGGAAGGGGCGGAUGAGAGCCGGGACGGGCACGACGGACCCUCGCCCGGCCGCACGCUCGAAGAUGCCGCCGCCCCCGCCGCCGCGCCCUGUGCCUCUGUGCGAGCCAUCUCCGCCCCCUGCUCCCCCUCCGGCGCGCGGCACGGCCCCGGCUGCAGCAGCCCCGGCUCCGGUCCGGAUGGUGCCUCUUUCCAGAAGGUUGGUGAGAGGCCCAGCUCCUUGCCCCCCUCCAGCCCCGGAGCCCUCGCACACAAUGACUGGCCCUAUCAUUCUGCUGUCUGCUCAGUCGACCGUCAGCACCCAGGAAUGCAGGGGGACAAAGCAGCCACGAAGCCUGAGAGCCACUCUGCCACCACCAGCCCCUGCGCUUCAAAGAACCAGGUGAAGAAAGACGACGCGGGCAAGCUGGUGGACAGCAGCCUUUUGCCUGACCAGUUGGUACCCGACUACGCUGCAGGGCUGGAUGAGAGCAAGAAUGCGUGUGAAGGAAGACCACAGGGACUGUCCCUGCCAUCUGACAACUGUACAUUAAAGAAUGACAAAGAUAUUUCCUCCUUCAUUGUCGCCGAACACAGUCUUCUGAACGGUGAUAAAGGGGAUGAAGUCUCUGUGAAGACGGAGAACACGAGCCAGAACCUGAUGCUCUGGUCUGUGGCAGAUGUGGCCAGUUACUUCUCAGCGGCAGGCUUUCCAGAGCAGGCUGUGGCGUUCCGCUCACAGGAAAUUGAUGGGAAGUCCCUUCUCCUCAUGCAGCGCAGCGACGUGUUGACUGGUUUGUCCAUCCGUCUCGGCCCCGCCCUCAAAAUCUACGAGCGCCACGUGAAGGUGCUUCAGAGGACCCACUUCCUGGAAUGCGAAGACAUCUGAGGCGGCGCGACCUCUUGCACGACACACACAGACUACGCUGCAUGCAGUGCCCUCUCCCACCGAGAUGCUGCCCAGCCACCUUCAUAUAC